GGGACAUGGGGACACAUGGACAGGAGGACACGGGACUGUGGGGACACAUGGGGACACAUGGACCCCAGCCAGGGCGGGGGGACAACCAUGGGGACACACAUCAGGACAGACGGACAGCCACGCGUGUGGCGACACACAGUCCCGGGUGGGCCCCACCCGCCUGCUGCCAUCGCCCUUUUAAGACACCCCCCCCCAUACCCCGCAGCGGAAGCGGAAAUGGCUCUGGUGGGCGGAGCCGGUCGCUCCGGGGGGCUCAGUCCGUCCCGGAGCGCUCAGGGGGCGGCCGCUGUUCCCGCCGCCGCGAUGUCGGCGGCGCUGGACCUGCGCUCCAAGGAGGAGAAGGACGCGGAGCUGGACAAGCGCAUCGAGGCGCUGCGCAAGAAGAAUGAGGCGCUCAUCAGGCGCUACCAGGAGAUCGAGGAGGACCGGCGCAAGGCGGAGCAGGAGGGGGUCGCGGUGACGACGCUGCGGCGCGCGCGCCCCCCCCCACCCCGAAUUCGACGGCCGCCGCGUCCCCAGGGGCGUCACCGUCGUGUCCCCCCCCGGGGAGAAACGUGUGACAAGGGACAAAAAGCCACCGGGGGUCCCCAAAUCCCCCCGGGGGUCCGGCCGCUCCCCAAGGGGGGACCCGACCCCCCCGGCGGAGCCGUUUUGGGAGGGGGGGGCAGGGGACGGGGGCUCCGCGGGGGGACGGGGGCGGCGAGCGCGGGGCCGGGGGGCGGCCGCAACGGCCGGGGGGGGCGACGGACCCGACCGCAAGUCCAAGGAAUGGGAAGAACGCCGGCGCCAAAACAUCGAGAAGAUGAACGAGGAGAUGGAGAAAAUCGCCGAGUACGAGCGGAACCAGCGGGACGGGCUUAACGAGAAGAACCCGGUGCGGAAUUUCCUGGACGACCCGCGGCGCAGCGGCCCCGUGUCGGACGCCGAUCGCAGGGAGGGGAGUCGGCGCCACGUCCGGAAUUGGGGGGGCGCCGAUUUCGACAAGGUCAAAGCCGGGAUGGAACGCGACAAAAGCCGCCAGGGCCCCACG